GUCUUUCUGUCCAUGGUUGCAUUGCACACGCACAAUUUUAAAUAAAAGCUGCCGCUGUCCCUACAUACGCAUAGUCGUGCACAGACAAUCUAAUUAGCAACAAUGGCAGCUAAAUUCUUCGUGGUCCUCUCCCUGGCCGUAGCGGCGUCCGCCGUCCCCCUGGUACCGGUGGCCAAAGUAGCAUACGCGGAGGUGGAGGCGCCCGCUCACUACGAGUUCCAGUACUCCGUGCACGACCAACACAGCGGCGACAUCAAGGAACAGAAGGAGGCGCGCGCCGGCGACGCCGUCCAGGGAUCCUACUCGCUGCUGCAGCCCGACGGCGUGCAGCGCAUCGUUGAGUACACCGCUGACAAGGAGCACGGCUUCAACGCCAUCGUGCGUUACGAGGGACACCCCACACCCGCGCCCGCCAAGCUCGCCUACGCCGCCCCUGUGGCCUACGCCGCCCCCGUCGCCAAGGUCGCCUACUCCAGUCCUGUUGCCUACUCGUCUCCCGUCGCUAAGGUCGCCUACGCUGCCCCCGUUGCGAAGGUCGCCUACUCCGCCCCUGUUGCCUACUCCGCCCCCGUCGCUAAGGUCGCCUACGCCGCCCCCAUUGCGAAGGUCGCCUACUCCGCCCCUGUUGCCUACGCCGCUCCUGUCGCCAAAGUAGCCUAUGCCGCCCCCGUCGCCAAGGUAGCAUACAGUGCUCCUCUCGGACACGUCACCUUCGCAUCCCCGGCCGUCUCCUACCACCACUGA